UUAACAGCGUGACCUUGGCUGCAAGAGGAAAAUGAACUGCUACCAGGCAAAAAACAUCCAACAGUAGAUGUUUGGAGUUUUAACAGACCUGUGAGACGACGGGGUCAUAUAAAGAAAGCCCCGGGCAGCAGCAAGUGUCUGUCUGCCCUUGAAGCAAGAGACAUCUGACAGUGAUGCACCGCCACCGCCGCGGCCGCGGCUCCGGUGAUACGUUACUAAGAUCCCGCUUCGCCUCCGCCGCUACUUACCGAUCAUGCUGCUGUCUCCCCAGGCAGAGAGGAACUGGCAGGACCUGUGCUCUGUGCUUGAAGAGUUGUUGGAGAGCCAGUCCCACAGGAAGCUGUUUGCCUUAGAACUGGGCUCUGGAACGGGACAGCACAUCAUUCGCUUCGGCCAGAAGAUGCCCUUUGUUACAUGGCAGCCAUCAGACAUCAAAAAGGAGUCUCGGGACAGUAUCAAAGCAUACAUCGCCGCAACCAAUGCGAAGACAGUGCUGCAGCCUGUCCACCUGGAUGCCAGUGACACGUGGGAUAAGUGGGCGGGCCUGUCUCACAGCUCCUGCGAUGUAGUGAUAGCCAUUAACUUACUGCAGUACAGCUCGUUCAAAACAGCACAGGGUGUUUUCAAUGGAGCAGGUCAGAUCCUCAGACAAAACGGCCUUCUGAUUACGUAUGGGGUAUACGCUAUGAAUGGCACCAUUACACCAAGUUGCAAUGCACAACUGGACGCAGAACUUCGAAAAUUGAAUCCAGAGUGGGGCCUUCCAGACAUUGAUGUACUGAGACAACUGGCCUAUAGCAACGGGAUGCGUCUGGAGAGGAUGAUUGAGAUGGAGGAAUACUACAAAUGCCUCAUCUUCAGAAAACUUUAAAAAAAAAAAGAACAAAUAAAAACGUUGU